AUGGUUCGCCUUCAAUAUUUCCUUAAGUUCCAAGCCACAGUUAAAGAAGGCAGCACCGGUGUGAUUGUGAACUUAACGGUUGAAGAUCGAGAUGAUCCAGCGACAGCAGCAUGGAAGGCGGUUUACACUAUCAUCAAUGGAAAUCCAGCCCAGAGCUUCAAAAUCCACACAAAUGCAAAGAAUAAUGAAGGGAUGUUGUCAGUUGUCAAGCCUUUGGAUUAUGAGAUUUCAGCCUUCCAUACACUGCUGAUCAAAGUAGAAAAUGAAGAUCUAUUGGUUCCAGACGUACUGUAUGACACCAGUUCCACAGCAACUGUUCAGAUCACAGUUCUAGAUGUUAAUGAAGGGCCCAUUUUCCACCCAAAUCCAAUGACUGUCACCAAACAAGAAAAUAUUCCUGUUGGCAGUGUUGUCUUAACAGUUAAUGCUACCGAUCCAGACACUUUGCAGCAUCAAACUAUAAGAUACUCCAUUGACAGAGAUCCAGCAGACUGGAUGGAAAUUAACCCUACAAAUGGGACCAUUCGCACCAAGGGCAUACUUGAUCGCGAAUCCCCCUCCGUCUUGAACAAUGUCUACACUGCGUCUUUUUUGGCAAUAGACAGUGGUAGCCCUCCAGCAACAGGUACAGGAACAUUGCAGAUUAUCUUGGAGGAUGUGAACGACAAUGCCCCUUCUCUUUAUCCAACGGUGGCAAGUGUCUGUGAAGAUGCAAAAGAUGUGAAAGUGGUCUUUGGUGCCUUAGAUAAGGAUAUUCACCCAAAUAAAGAGCCAUUCAAAUUCGAGCUGAGCAAACUAUCAGGUCAAGAUAAAGUAUGGAAGCUCACCAGAAUCAACAAUACCCACAGCCAAGUUGCCGUGCCCCCCAAUUUGAAGAAGGCCAAUUAUAUCAUCCCCAUCUUGGUGACGGAUCCCGGGAACCCUCCCUUAACUAAUAAUACAGAACUGAAAAUCCAAGUGUGCUCCUGCACAAAGUACAAAGUUGACUGUAGUGGAUGUCCUACUUUUAACACCAGCACAGUUCUGAUCUUUCUGUUGCUCCUCAGUUUAUACUGUCUGUAAGAACUCCUGACAUUUAAAGCUGGUCUAUCGUUUUGCCAUGGUGACAAGCAAAGAAUAUACUAUCCCAAACAGAAGAUCACCUUUGACUCUUACGAUUCCUUCUUCUCCAAAGCCUCGGUCGCUUCAGAAUUGGCACUUCUGCGACUUCACCCCGUGGUCCUCCCAGCUGCACAACUGCAUUUGACAAAAGUGCUCCAGCCUCAUUCUGGCUUAACAAUGAACUCCUUCCUCAAGAUCGUUGGAUGAGAUGACCUCUUGUUGAAAAAGAGAGCCAAAAAAAAAAGCCACCACACGAUCAAAACUUGAUCUUCUGGGAGCCAAAUUAUACGAUGACUCUGUUUCCCCCACCUUUCUGUCGACUUGUUGCUAUUGAACUGUUUUAAAAAAAUUGUCUGUGGGUUAGUAUUUGUAUAUGUAUGAGUGUAUGUAUAUGUAUAUAUAUAUAUUUAUAGAGAGAAAAGAGAUAUACAAUAGGAUUAGCUUUUGUAUGGCAUUCACAUUAGGCUUGGGGUCAGUGGGGCAGAGAAACAUGGAAGCGUGGCAUUGUGUUACCACCAGUAGCUACACACAGCGUUUAUGCUGCAUAUACAGUAGAAGAACCAAAAGGAGAGAGCGUAUGACAAGAGGGUUGUGUGAAGCAGCUGAUUCAAUAGCGUCCCUUAAAAGAAAAAGAGAAAAAAAUCCCCUUAUGUUUUAUAGUGUAGGAUACCAUCACUUCCUUUGGCUCUGCAUUUCAUUCACAAGGAUUAGACUCAAUCGUCUUGCCCAGCUCAAACAGUAUUGGGGAACAUCUUCCAUCGGGUGGCAUGCUGUCAAGAUAAACUUUUACAGGAAAAUAAAAUUUCAAAAAUUCUGCCCUGCACACCCUUUAGAGAUUAUUUCUUCUUCUUCUUCUUCUUCUUCUUCUUCUUCUUCU